AUGUCUGAUAUACAUCCACAUCAUUCCAUUUUUAAAUGGAAAUUAUGUAUCGAGGAACCCUCAUUAGCAUAUGCAGCAAAAAAUGAUGCAAGGCCAGCUCUUUUUGCAGUGGGGAUUACAUACCCACUAUUAAAAUUAUGGCAGGAAUACAUGGUAAACCAGAAGGAAAAGGAGAAUUUAGCUACAGCUGAGAAUGAAAAUCCUUGCCCAAGUCAAUAUUGUCUAGAUUAUGUCAACCUAUUUGAACUUUCAAUACCUGGGGAUGUCUUUGGAAUUACAAAAGACAGAAUUAUUAGAAAUGAAGUCAACAAGUUCUUGGAAAAGUUUGCAGGAAUGGUAAAAUCUGCGUACAACAAGGCAAAGGGGGGACACGCAAGAGAAAGGAACUUGAUUCCAAAGUAAGAAGAUUCCAAAUAUUUGAAGACAUGGUCAUUUCUGUGAAGGAGUUGCAAAGAGAAAAUGAGAAUAUUUGUGAUGAUCUAGAAAAGUGGAAGAAAAGUUACAAGAAUCUUCAGGAAGAAAAGGAGAAGCUUUAUUUGGGGAUGGUUUCUGCUUUGAAAGAGAAAGAUGAGGAGAUUAAGAAUCUGCAUGAUGAGAACAAGGAACUACUAGCAUAUAUUGACCGUCUUGAAGAAAAACACAAUUUUGUAAAUCAGGGCAAAGAUAUAGCCCAUGUUGCCAAAAAAUCAAGAACUCUAAAAACUUUUCUGUCAAGAGCAAAAAUUGCACUCUGGGUUAUGGAAUAA